GAGGGGAGUGGGGGGAAGCGCCAGAGUGGCCGGACCGCGCCAAAGGGGCCCCGCUGCGCUCCGCUCCGAUCCGCUCCCGCUGGGCCAAAACUCCUGCACAAGAACGUUGGACAGAAUCUCGGUCGAUCCCUCGAUCGAUCGAUCGCAGCAGCAGCAGCAGCAGACUCCGAAGACUCGCAAGCUCUCGUCUCGUCCUUCCAUCCUUUUUCCCUCUGGCCGCUGCCUUUUUUCCUGCGCUCGUCGUCUACUUCAUCGAUCGUCGCGUAUCUGGUUUUUCCUGAAGUCGGGCGCUCUGCAGACUCCGCUCUGGUUUGUUAUCUCGCCGAGGACGCGGACAAAUCUUGCCCCGGAUCGAUCUGAUUUGCGUCUCGUUUUUGGCGAUCCCCUGACUCGCGAUCUCGAUGAGUUUCUGCAGCGCCGGGGCGUAGAUCUGACCGAAUUGCGGUUCCUCUCGAGUGGAUCUGGUGGAUUUGGAUGUAGCUGUUUGAUUGUUUAGGGCUCUUUUACGAGAGCUUGAGGGCGUGGUGGAAGUAGCAGCAGCCAUGGGGGCCGCGGUUGUGGCGAAUAGUAAGCUGGCGAAGGUCGUCGCGCCGGCGUUAGACAAGGUUGUGAAAAAUGCUGCGUGGAGAAAGCAUGGAAAGCUCGUGCAGGACUGCAAAGCGGUGCUGGAUAAGUUUGCAAUUACGGAUGCCGCUCCUCCCACUCCCACCCCACCCCCUGCAGAAGCGACCUCCUCGGAGAAUAAGGAUGCCUCUGGUGCUCCUGCCGCCCCCGCUGAGAAUGAGGGUCCCUUGUUCGAUGACGGUAAAUGCUACAGCGCUGCCGAUGCAGAGCUGAUCCUUCUUCCCCUGUUCGAAGCUUGCGACACUUUGACCCCGAAAGUUGUUGAGCCGGCAUUGGAUUGCUUGCAAAAGCUUAUCGCCCACGGGCAUUUGAGAGGAGAGAUGGAUGUAGGAACUGGUAGCGCGAGCAAGCUUCUGUUGCAAGUGAUGGAGUCCGUAUGCAAGUGCUACGAUAUGGGGGAUGAGGGCAUCGAGCUCCUGGUGCUGAAGACGUUGCUUUCAGCUGUGACGUCUUCCUCCUUGCGUGUCCAUGGAGACUGUCUCUUGAAAGGCGUGCGAACCUGCUACAAUAUCUUCCUCGGGAGCAAAAGCCCUGUCAAUCAGUCGACCGCCAAGGCUUCCUUGACGCAAAUGCUGGUAAUUGUUUUCAGACGGAUGGAAGCUGAUUCUUCCACUGUGCCCGUCCAACCAAUUGUGGUGGCUGAUCUGAUGGAACCAGCCGAAAGGUCGAAUUCUGAUACCAACGUGACGCAGUUUGUUCAAGGAUUUAUCACCAAGGUUGUGCAGGAUAUUGAAGUGGUUCUCAGCCCUAUGCCUCCGUUGAAGACGAUGAAGCACGAUGGUGCAUUCGAUGCGACAGCCAGUGAGAGCAGUAAUCCGACUGAUAUUUUAGAAUCGACAGACAAGGAUAUGCUGGACGCCAAGUACUGGGAAAUUAGCAUGUAUAAGAACGCCUUGGACAACAGGAAGGCUGAAGUGGCAGAUGGCGAUGUCGACAAAGAGGGCGAUGUGGACGUUCAAAUAACGAAUAAGCUCCGAAGAGACGCAUUCCUCGUAUUUAGGGCACUUUGUAAAUUAUCCAUGAAAAAUCCACCACAGGAGGGUAUUGCAGAUCCAUUCUCGCUUCGUGGAAAGAUCGUAGCGCUGGAGCUUCUGAAAAUUCUCCUGGAAAAUGCUGGGGCUGUCUUUCGUACCAGUGACAGGUUUUUGGGCGCGAUCAAGCAGUAUCUCUGUUUGUCGCUUUUGAAGAACAUUGCAUCACCAAUGAUGAAUGUCUUUCAACUCUCUUGCUCCAUUUUCAUGAGUCUCGUCUCCAGAUUUCGAGCCGGGUUGAAAGCUGAAAUAGGAGUAUUUUUCCCGAUGAUUGUUCUAAGAGUUUUGGAGAAUGUGGCCCAUCCGAAUUUCCAGCAGAAGAUGAUAGUACUGCGCUUCUUGGAGAAAUUGUGUGUGGAUCCCCAAAUCCUUGUGGAUAUAUUUGUGAACUACGACUGUGAUGUCGACUCUUCCAAUAUCUUUGAGAGAAUGGUGAAUGGGCUUCUCAAAACUGCGCAAGGGGUACCUCCAGGUGCAGAAACGACUCUUAAUCCCCAGCUGGACGGAUCUUUGAAGCUGGCAGCUAUUAAGUGUCUCGUAGGAGUUCUGAGAUCCAUGGGAGACUGGCUGAAUCGGCAACUACGUUUGACGGACUCGCCUUACUUGAAAACAUCGGAUUCAGAAGAUGUUGUAAUUGAUGGUCAGCCAGUACAGGAGGGCACCGAAGAACCUGCCCCAACUACGGAGCCAGUAGAAAACCACCCGGAGCCAGGAGCAGAAACUUCAGAGAUUGCGACCAUUGAGCAGCGGCGCGCGUACAAGCUAGAGUUUCAGGAAGGCAUAGCCCUCUUCAACAAGAAGCCUCGUAAGGGUGUGGAAUUUUUGAUCAAAGCUGAGAAGCUGGGUAGUACGCCUGAGGACGUUGCUGCUUUUCUGAUCAAUGCCACCGGUCUGGACAAAACUAUGGUCGGUGAUUACCUGGGAGAGAAAGAAGAAUUCUCGCUGAAGGUGAUGCACGCAUACGUGGAUUCGUUCAACUUCGAAGGAAAAGAUUUUGAUGAGGCUAUACGAUCUUUUCUACUGGGAUUCCGUCUACCUGGAGAGGCUCAAAAAAUUGAUCGAAUCAUGGAGAAAUUCGCCGAAAGAUACUGCAAGUGCAACCCAAAGGCAUUUACAAGUGCAGAUACAGCAUACGUGUUGGCAUACUCUGUGAUUAUGCUCAACACAGAUGCACACAGCCCUAUGGUUAAAAGCAAGAUGUCGAAAGCUGAGUUCAUUCGGAACAACCGUGGAAUUGAUGACGGAAAAGACCUACCUGAGGACUUCAUGAAUGGUCUCUAUGACCGUAUCGUUUCAAAUGAAAUCAAGAUGAAGGCCGAUACGUUCGUUCCAAGUAAACAGCCCGCCAACAAUAGGUUUCCUGGCCUCGAUACUAUUCUUAACAUCGUCAUUCGCAAGCCAAGAGAAUUUUCAGUCAUGUUGGAGACCAGUGAUGAUGUCAUUCGGCAUAUGCAGGAGCAGUUCAAGGCGAAGGCUGGCAAACCCGAGUCUGUUUACUACGCCGCAACUGACGUGGAGCUGUUGAGACCGAUGGUGGAUGUCACGUGGGCUCCCAUGCUGGCUGCUUUCAGUGUCCCACUCGAUAAGAGCGAGGAUGAAGUGGUUACAUUUCAAUGCCUUGAAGGGUUCAGACACGCAAUCCACAUUACAUCCGUACUUGCUAUGAAGACUCAGCGAGAUGCAUUCAUCACUUCCCUGGCAAAGUUCACCUCCCUGCAUUCUGCAGCGGAUAUCAAGCAAAAGAAUAUUGAUGCUAUUAAGGCCAUAAUUUCCGUAGCCGACGAAGAUGGUAACUAUCUCCUGGAGGCCUGGGAGCACAUCCUUACAUGUGUAUCACGGUUUGAGCACUUACACUUGAUUGGUGAAGGUGCUCCUCCUGAUGCCACCUUCUUCGCUGCACCUCAGAGUGAUGCAGAGAAACGGCAGUCAAUCAAAUCGCCAGUGCUCCCUGUAUUGAGAAGAAAGGGAGGAGGUUCUCGACUGCAGUAUGCUGCUGCAGCAGCAAGGCGAGGGUCCUAUGAUAGUGCAGGAGUUGGGGGAGGUUCCUCAGGAGUGGUUACGACUGAGCAGAUGAACAAUCUCGUUUCUAACUUAAACAUGUUGGAGCAGAUUGGCAGUUUUGAGAUGAAUAAGAUCUUCACCCGUAGUCAAAGGCUGAACAGUGAGGCUAUUGUUGACUUCGUCAAGGCUCUCUGCAAGGUGUCUAUGGAAGAAUUGCGAUCCCCAAGCGACCCUCGGGUCUUCAGUUUAACUAAAAUCGUCGAGAUAGCGCACUUCAACAUGAACCGUAUCAGACUGGUGUGGUCGCGCAUAUGGCACGUGUUGGCAGACUUUUUUGUGACUGUUGGGUGCUCAGACAACCUGUCAGUUGCCAUGUACGCAAUGGAUUCUCUACGUCAACUGGCCAUGAAGUUUUUAGAACGUGAGGAGCUGGCAAAUUACAACUUUCAGAACGAAUUCAUGAAGCCAUUCGUCAUCGUCAUGAGAAAGAGCAGUUCCGUGGAAAUCAGAGAGCUCAUCAUACGUUGUGUAUCUCAGAUGGUCUUUGCAAGGGUUGGUCAAGUCAAGUCAGGCUGGAAGAUCAUGUUCAUGGUCUUUACAACCGCAGCCACGGAUGACCACAAGACAAUUGUUCUUUUAGCGUUUGAGACUAUCGAGAAAAUUGUUAGGGAGUAUUUUCCGUACAUAACAGAAACGGAAACCACAACGUUUACAGACUGUGUCAAUUGUUUGAUCGCGUUUACCAACAGCAGAUUCAACAAAGAUGUGAGUUUGAAUGCUAUCGCUUUCUUGAGGUUUUGUGCUCUGAAGUUGGCUGAAGGUGAACUUGGGGCUACAAGGAAUAAAGAAACCGACAAGUUUGGAAAGUCUGCUUCUUCUUCUCCAAGGCUGGAAGGUGCAGAGGAGGUGCCUCAGUUUCCCACGUUCACAGAUAAAGAGGAUCAUCUUUACUUUUGGUUUCCUCUCCUUGCAGGUUUGUCCGAGUUGACCUUUGAUCCCCGCCCUGACAUCCGAAAAAGUGCUUUGGAAGUUCUCUUUGAUACGCUGCGGUAUCAUGGACAUCUUUUCUCCCCAGGUCUGUGGGAGAAAGUGUUCGACUCAGUUCUUUUCCCAAUUUUUGAUUACGUUCGCCGUGCCACGGAACCCGCUGUUCAUGUGAGGGGUGUCCCAGAGAAGGAGGAGGCAGAAUUGGAGAUGGACGCAUGGCUGUAUGAAACAUGUACGCUGGCGUUACAGCUCGUAGUCGACCUCUUCGUAAAAUUUUACCCUGUUGUCAACCCUUUGCUGGACAGAAUCCUCUCUCUCCUAACAGGCUUCAUCAAACGGCCACAUCAGAGUUUAGCUGCGAUUGGUGUUGCAGCAUUUGUCCGACUGAUGACAAAUGCUGGAAAUCUGUUCUCCGACGAUAAAUGGCAAGAAGUCUUGGAAAGCUUGUUUGAGGCUGCUACCGAAACGCUGCCAGAUAUGCUAAAGCUUGUUCAAUGUGGAGAGGAGAUACAAGCCGCAAGCUUGGCUGAGGAGCGUCUUUCUUACACUCAUAGACAACAAGGAGAUACUGCUGCGCAAGAAGAGUUGGAGAUUGGUCAAGCGCAUCGUUUGCAAAUGUGGAUAUCUGAUGUGAGGUGUCGAACGGCAGUCCAGCUCUUGCUGGUGCAGGCCAUCACAGAAAUGUACAACAUGCAUGGUGCUCAGUUGUCAGCAAAGCACACCAUGUUGUUGCUAGACACACUCCACAAAAUUGCAGGGCAUGCGCACGAUGUGAAUGGGGACCAUGACUUGCGGAUAAGACUUCAGCAACUGCGGAUGGCAACUCAGAUGCCCGAUCCCCCACUAUUACGCCUGGAAAGUGAGUCAUACCAUGCAUAUCUCACCAUGUUACAGCGCCUAACUGUCGAUAAGCCGGAGCUUGCGAAGGAUGUGGAGGUUGAGACCCGUCUUGUAGGACUCUGCGAGGAGGUCUUGAAAUUGUAUGUGCAUACAUCGACCGCACCUUUCUCCCAGAGUGUGAACAACUUCAACGAGAAGGUCCAUCCACCGCAGUGGGUUGUCCCUCUUGGCUCGGCCAGAAGAAGGGAGCUCAUGGCCCGUGCUCCGCUUGUUGUGGCCACUCUCCAAGCUGUGAGCGCUCUGAAAGAUUCCUCUUUCGAAAGAUAUCUCGUUCGAUUUUUCCCCUUGCUGGCGGGGCUUAUUAGCUGCGAACAUGGUUCAGGGGAAGUUCAAAUUGCCCUCAGUGAUAUGUUUAGCUCAUGGAUUGGUCCCAUCCUGCUACAGGCUUGACGGGGACGUUUUGAGUAGUCUAGUAAUUAGUGUACAAAAGGAAUGUCAUCCAUGUUUUAAAGAUGUUGUCUCCUCUACCAACUCCAAUAGACCAUGCAGGAGCUGGAGUAAUAGUUUAUAGUGGAAUGUAAGAAACAAGAUACAUACUUAUUUUCGAGUCAAAUCAGGUAAGAGGAGGGUCUCAUGAGUAAGGAUUUCGGAGGCUACAUAUUAGCUUUGAACCUCCCACUACCUCUCCUGCGUAGGAACAGACCUUGUUACUGUGUUGAGCUCAUGUGUCGGACGUAAUCAAAGGGCAUGCAAGGUUUCUGACACUUUCACUUUCAGAUAGAAACAACCUUCAAAUUGACUAGACUAGCCUACCAAUUAUUUACAAUUGGUGUGAUUCUUUCAGUAAAGAGAUCUUU